AUGGCUUGCUGGUGCUUGUGCGCCUCCUGCAUGGAGCUGCAUCGUGGCACGAAGAUCACACAAGUGGCCAAGUCUGGGCCCUCUUUGUUCGACCACGCUGGUGACGACAUUGCAUACAAAAUACCUGUGCCGGUUGUGUCCGCGCCCCUAUCGUCAGACUUUCGUACCUACCGCUCCACUGCCGUCGGUGACGCUGCGAACAGGCGCACCCAGGUACAUGCACCUCAAAGGAUCAAGGUUUCGUACGAGAUCGGCUGA